AUGAGAUUCUUCGCCCAUGCUUUCGCCGCAAUUGCGGCCCUGGUGCCGUUCCUAUCAACAUCUAUGGCUCAGAGCGGGACUCCGGUGGCUUACACAGACCCAGAUACAGACAUCACCUUUGAUACUUGGACUGUUCCAGAGACCUUGAGUAAGGGAGGAUUCACCUUUGGUAUUGCUCUGCCAUCCGAUGCUCUGACCACAGACGCUACCGAAUUUAUCGGUUACUUGCUAUGUUCCUCUCAGAAUGCUACCGCCACCGGUUGGUGUGGUGUCUCUCUCGGGGGCACAAUGACUAAUUCCCUCCUCCUGCUGGCAUACCCCUAUAAGGGAAAUAUCCUCACGUCUUUCCGUUAUACCACAGGCUACCACAUGCCGGACGUUUACACUGGGAAUUCCAAGCUUACCCAAAUCUCAUCCACCAUCAAUGCAACACACUACAGCUUGAUCUUCAGAUGCUCAAACUGUCUGCAAUGGAGUCAGGGAAGCGAGAAUGGAAACGCCUCCACGAGCGCAGGUCUGGUAAACUUAGGAUGGGCCCAGUCCUUUCCAGGUCCGGAGAACCCCAGCUCUCCUUCCAAUAUCACCCUCCAUUAUCACGACAACGGGCACAACAUCUGGGCGGCUACGCUGAAAAACGCACCAAACAAGUCAUACACAAACUGGGCCACGAUGACCAAAACUUCAGCGACCGGAAGCUCCUCCACAAAGAUUGGAUCCACCACAACGAUUCCGGCGUCCUCUACGCCACUCCUGGCGAAAGCAAGAACCACCCAAAAAUAA